UUUUUCCAUGGUUUCUCAUAGCCUGCAGGUAAAAUUCUAUGCUUGCCAGAAUGGAAGGCCGAAGUGAUCUUUUGGACCAAGAGCAGUCUCAUUCUCAACGUGAAAGAAUCCCACCAAGUCCCCUGUGUGAUACAGGCCUCACAAGAGGCUCCAUCUUUGUAAAAUUGGCUCAAAAUCGGAAGAGGCAAUCACUGCAAUCUGCAGAGGGUGCCAGCAAAUCAAAGCAAGUAAAAACUGCUGCCUUUGCAAAUGGAGUAGAGGAGGACAUCAACGAAGCAAUGGAAUUCAUGAAGCAGGAUUGGCCUUCUCCUGGAUCAGACGGAAAUAGAUCUAUGCUGGAAAAAGGAGAAGUGGAGAGUGAUGGCUUUGGUAGUCCUUUUUCUGUGACAUCUGUUGAUGAGGAAAACAGACCACAGCAAGUUUCGCCAACAAACAGCAUUCUCAAAAAAUUCAACACAUCAAACCAACCUAGCCCAUCUGAAAGAAGACUUCGAGUCCGUUUUCCUGACCCUCCUGUGUCGGGUAUGUUGGAAAUCCCAAAUCGGGAAGAAAAGAAAAGGCUAGUGGGAAGAACACGAGGUAGAGGAAGACGGGAGACUGUACCAUCCCAGGGCCCCACUCGCUUCAGCAGAAGAAGACUUGCUAUGGCUGUUGGCCCUGUUGUAGUACUACCAAAAUUGGAAUUGUCUGCAGUGGAUGUCACAACAGACACAUGGAGUGCUGUUUGUCCAGGGCUUAUGGGCUGUGACAAGGCUAUUGGUAACAUUUUGCCCUUAUUCAGGCUCUUGCCAAAAUCUUUACUGAAUGUGUUGAAAGAGAAGCAGGUCCAGACAGUUGGAGACCUUGCAGCUUUCUCACCAGAUGAUGUUGAAAGUCUUCCACUUCCAGACCCCAAACUUGAUGUCCUCAGAGGAAUACUUCUUGCUUACUGUGAGCAAGAAAACAUUGAUCCUCUCAGUGGUGGAUCUCGCUCCUUAAAUGAUGGUGAUGCCAUGAUGAUCAAAUCAGAGGAGGACAAAGAAAAUGUACCUACUGGAGAACUAGGAGAGGAAAGUAUUUCAGCUGGAGAGGUGGAAGAAGAAGAGAGUGCACCCAUCAAAGAAAUAUGCAGAGAACAAGAGAAUUUACCUAUCAAAGAGAUGGGAGGGGAAGAGGAGAAUUUAUUAACCCAAGUGAUAGAAGUAGAAGAGGAGAAGUCAUCUACCGCUGAGAUAGGAAGUGAUCAGGAGAAUGUGCUAACCAAGGAGCUAGAGGUUCAGCGGGAAACUUUACCCUUCAAAGAGAUGGAAAGAGAACAGGUGAUUGUACUUGCUGAGGAGAAGGAAGGGGAGCAGGAACAUAAAAAUGAUAUUGGAAAUUCUGAGGUUUUUCAGCCAGAUGAGUUGGGACAAGUGGAGAGGGGUAUAGGGAGCCCCUUGAAGAACAUAGAGGAAAUUCAACCAGAUGAGCCCAAUUCUGAAGAAAUGAGAGAUGAGCAGGAGACAAUGAUGGCUUGCUUGCAUUCCAAAGAAACUGAUUUCAAUUUACAUACUGCUAAGACAGAUGAAGUUGAACUGCAUAAUGAGGAUCAUGUCAAGAAUGCAAAGGACACUCAACCCCCUGUUGAAGUAUUAUCACCUGUGAGGAAUGAGAACUGUUUGGAGGGUGCCGUAUCUGAUAAUGAGAACAGCCUUUCAGAGUCCCCUGAUCCGACUAAUGUGAUUUGUGAUACAUUUGCAGACAAAGAAGUCAAUUCAUCUGAAAAGCAACAUGGCCUGGAAGAUAGAUCAGUUGAGGGAAGUCCAAGUUUGUCUGUGAUGGAAAAUAUGGAGUUGGAUGAAUCAGCCCAUGUCACUGAUGUUUUGUUCACUAAUUCUGGUAUAUCUCAUGAAGACAAUGCACAAACCAAUGAAACUCUAGAUUUUGACACCUGUAAGGUCAAAGCCACCAUUGCAGCUGAAGAGGAAAAACCUCCUAUUCCGUGUUCCUCUUCCAAAGUGGAAACUAUGCCAACAUCACCAAUGGAACAAGUUGGUCUUCUCAGUACCAUACCCACCUUGAAGGUGUCUCUCAGAGGUGAAGUCCCUCUUGAACUGCCAUCAUUAAAUGAGAUGGCUGGAAAUCUCAUGGUACAACUCACAGAAUCAACCCCAGUUGGAAACACACUUUUGGUGGACCUGUUCAAGCAAUUAGGUGGGAUAUUGAGCCACCAGAUGGGUGAAAGAUCAACACUCUCUCUCCUGAUUGACAGUAUCCUGGAUCGUCGAGGCAUCCAAACACAAGAAUUAGCCAAAGACAUGGUAGAUCUCAGGAGUUUCUUCUUGUCCUUUUUGAACCGCAUGACAGAAAAAGAUUUGUGGGAACUUGCCCUCAAACUCCCCUUGGGAAUGGUGAGACAGCUCCUGGCUGAGAAAGUCCCAUCAGAAGAUGUGGAAAUUCAGACAGAUUUCACCCCAUUAACUCGUCCAGAGGUUGUUGACACUGUGAAAAGUUUCGUGCUGGCCAAUGAACAAGAACCAUUGAAUCUCCUCCAUGAAAUUCUUGAUGUUUGCAUGAGUUUAAAGUGAUUGCCAUCUCACCUCAGGUUAUGUUUGCAAAUGCUACAGGAUGUUCACUGCAUGUUGGUUGUAGGAUGACAUGGAAUAUGGACUCAUUACCAGUUUUUGAGAGAAUAUUACAGGCUAUUUUAAUUUGGAAUACCCUUUCUAUGAGGCAGAAUAUUUUGUAAUAAAUGAAAAGCAGUGAAAUGUAAUGCAGUCUUGAGUUCAUUCGUCAUGUCAAAUCUUAUGGAUUCCACUUAAAAGAGCAUGUAAUCCUCCCUUUGUUGGGCCCAAGCAUGUAUCAGUCAAGUAAUGAUGGUUUUUGUAGUGUUUUUGAGUUGAAAGAUGUCUUUGACAUUUUUCAUGAGUGUAAUAAACCAAAAUACAGAUCAGUCUGUAAGACAUGAUGAGUUGACUGCUAAAUGUCUUCAUGAAAGGGUACUGGAAGUCUUAAAACCAUUCUUUGUGUUCUAUUGCAACUCAUUAUUUUGAUUCUCAGGAG